AGGCAGCAGGGAUAGGAGUGAGAAGUAGGGAGGACUUGGAAUGAGUGGUGGACGGGCUCAAGGGUAUCUGCCUGAGUGAGGACAGGGUUGGUGGGCUCAAGACCGGGGGAACCCGGAUGCUGCUGCUGUCACAGAAGACUCCAGGAGAAAUUAAUCUUCAAUAUCCUUAUACCAUGAGUGGUUGGCUCAUUUCUACAACCAUAGCAGGACAUGAUAUGUUAAGCUAGGAAUGGCAAGUCCCUGGCGCUUGUACCAUUUGGGCAUCCUGAGCCCAUGUAGACAUCAUCAGUCAGGCAAGCAUUCCUUUUUUUGUUGAGGAAGAUUGGCCCUGAGCUAACAUCUAUGUCAGUCUUCCUCUAUUUUGUAUGUGGGACGUCACCACAGCGUGCCUUGAUGAGCGGCAUGUAGAUCUGCACCUGGGAUCUGAACCCAUGAGCCCCGAGCCACCAAAGUGGAGUGUGUGAACUUAACCGCUACGCCAAUGGACUGGCCCCCAAGCAUUCUUUUUUAUGGAGUUCAAAGUCUUUCGCAGUUUUUCUCCACUCAGCACUCCAGGUAGCCGCAACCAUCAGUUGGAGUUGACCUUCAGGGUGGAGCUGGUUGCCACCUCUGCCCUGGGCAGAUCUGCCAUGUUUCCUGUAUGUGAUUUUAUCAUGUGGGCAACCUGCUGCAACUGGUUCUGCCUGGAUGGACAGCCUGAGGAGGCCUCACCACCCCAGGGAGCCAGGACGCAGGCCUAUUCUAACCCUGGGUACAGCUCCUUCCCUUCCCCAACAGGCUUGGAACCCAGCUGCAAGGCCUGUGGGGCCCACUUCGCAAACACAGCCAGGAAGCAGACCUGCUUGGACUGUAAGAAAAAUUUCUGCAUGACCUGUUCGAGCCAGGUGGGGAAUGGGCCCCGCCUCUGCCUUCUCUGCCAACGAUUCCGAGCCACAGCCUUUCAGCGGGAGGAGCUCAUGAAGAUGAAGGUGAAGGACCUGAGGGACUAUCUCAGCCUCCAUGACAUCUCUACCGAAAUGUGCCGGGAGAAAGAGGAGCUGGUGUUCUUGGUGCUUGGCCAGCAGCCUGUAAUCUCCCAGGAGGGCAGGACUCGGGCCCCCACCUUGUCCCCGGACUUCCCCGAGCAGCAGGCCUUCCUGAUCCAGCCUCACACCAGCACAGUACCUCCUACCUCACCCAGCCGCCCUUCUUCACCCACACAAGCCGCUUCUGUUCCCCCCGCGCCCGCUCAGGAACAUCAGCAGGCCAGUGGCCAUGUGUCUCAGGACCAAGAGGAACCCGUCUUCCUGGAGAGCACAGCCAGAGCACCUGCUGAGGAUGAGACCCAGUCCGUCGACUCAGAGGACAGCUUUGUCCCGGGCCGGAGGGCCUCUCUGUCUGACUUGACUGACCUAGAGGACAUUGAAGGUCUGACUGUGCGGCAGCUGAAAGAGAUUCUGGCUCGCAACUUCGUCAACUACAAGGGCUGCUGUGAGAAGUGGGAGCUGAUGGAGAGGGUGACGCGGCUGUACAAGGAUCAGAAAGGACUCCAGCACCUGGUGUGCAGUGCUGAAGACCAAAACGGGGGAGCAGUGCCGUCCAGCCUGGAGGAGAACCUGUGUAGGAUCUGCAUGGACUCGCCCAUUGACUGUGUCCUGCUGGAGUGUGGCCACAUGGUAACCUGUACGAAGUGUGGCAAGCGCAUGAAUGAGUGUCCCAUCUGCCGGCAGUACGUGAUCCGAGCGGUGCACGUCUUCCGAUCCUGAGGACUUGUACCGACUUCGUCAGUGCCUUAUAGGGACACAGCUGAGGUGUCUGGGCUCAGGGUUGGCCAGCUUGCAGAGGGGCAGGCUAACAAGAAAAUUUGCAGUGUUCCCAAGACCAGAGCAAACAAAGAUGCUAUGUCACCUCUGGGCAUGCCUCUCUUGCCAUGGAGAUGCACCUCUUGGCUGGGAGAGCCCGGGGCCAGUGGGAACUGGUACAGAUUGCAUGGGCAAGCCCGUUUCAAUGAUCUUGGGGUGAUGAUGGUAGUUGAAGAAGAGAAGACUUUCCAGAACUUGGACCAUAUCUUCCUCCCUUCCUCCGAGAAUCUAAACUCAGUUUCAGCCUUCCUCCUGUACCCUACCCAUCCCCUGAACUGCUUGCCUCUGUGUUUCACCAAUCAGAAGUCCUGGUAGAAAUGGUUCUCUUCCUCCCCAGCACAUUUGGAUUUAUUUCUGGUCUCUCUGGCUUUUUGUGCAUUAACCUCCCUUUGCUGAAGUGUCUUGCUACAUUGCCUAAAAUCCAUUUGUUUCUUCAGACCAAAAAAAUAUUAGCUUACCAGACCAAUAGUGAUCUUCCUUAGGACAGAAUUUGGACCAGUAAAUGUCUCUCUGGUGAGAAAUGAAACACAAAUGCUAUUGAAAAAUUUCAUCGUUAAGAGUUCCUUCCUUGAGUGCUGGGAUUAGAAGCUAUCGGUUUCCUGACCUGAACUUGGGAGCCAACAAAAGCCUCUGGCUCCCCAGCUGCUGGGAAAUUCUAGUUUCCAUGUGUGAGAGAGGAUGCGUGGAUAUCUCUGCCGCUUCUUUAGGGGCCUCACUUUGUGCCAUCAUUAGUUUUAGCUUAUGAGAAAAGGGGAAGUGGUGGGUGGAAGCAGUGGCUUUCUGUUUAACUUUGACUUCUCCAAUGGACAGGAGUCUUAAACCACUUUCCCUGAGAAUGAAGUCCCUCUCUUUUCCAUGGAAGUUUUAAACAUGCUCGCAUUGAAGGUAUAGAGACUUAGGCAAUGAGCCUUGCUUUUCUCUAGCCAAACUUCUCAUGAAGUUCCUGGAGACCAAACAUGUAUGACAGAGCAGCUAAGAGGUAUUAGAAGGUACUUGGAUUCAGCUCUUGAGCAGAUAGCUGGAAGUCUUAAUUUCCCGGGGUGGGGAGGACUCCCUACUCCCAUUUCCUUUCUCAGCCUACUGAUUGGGGGCACGUCAGGAAGAAUUCUCUAGGCCCUUUAGCAAGGACCAUCAAUGAGUUGCUGAUGUUUUUGACCUCUCUUAAGGUCUUUACACCACUGGAAGAGCCAAAGGGCUUAAAAGUUUGCUGGAGAAGCUUAACCAAGCACAAACCUACAUGGCUAUCAGAAGAGCUGUGUGUGCUGCCAUUACCAAUGGGUGAACUAUGCAAACCCUAAACACCUGAGGGCCUUGGCAGAGUGACCCCCGCCCCCCAUACGUCUAAGAUCUCUCAGACUAGAAGAACCAAUCACGACUUUGGAAAGCACUGGGAAACCUCUAAGGGGAUCUGUUUAUCGGUACACACAUUCUUAUGCUUUCUCUCCAUCAUCAACCACUAAUCCCCCUUAGAGGAAUGGAAUAAUUUCAUAAAGUAGUUGUCAGCUGAACACUAGGCCGCUUACCUCAACAUUAUACCCAGUCCUGGAUGAUCUGAUUCUGGGCCACAGCCUUUGUAGGAAUUGGGGGAAAGGAGAUUUCCCUGUGAAGAUACCAUGUUUUGCCUUUCUGCUGGACAGUAAAUACUAUAGUGUACAAUGCCUACCCGUUUAGCAAAGGGUUCAGCUACUCCUUGGUUCCACUGUGAAACAGGUCAAUAUAUAUGCAACUCAGUUAAGAUCUAACCAUAACUUCAGGGUAGAAGCUGGCUCUCUCCUUACUUAAAACUUGCUUUCUCUGCUGAGGCUUCACCUCUCCCUACCUCCCAAUUUCUCUCCUAGAUAUGAGUUAAAAAAUAGUAUCCUGAUGGUUGGUUAGUAACACGAGUAAGAAUUAGAACUGAUGUCAUUUACUGAUUUUAGAGAAAGAACUUGCCCUUAAGUAUUCUAACCUUUUGGUGAAGGUUUCCACUUAGGAAAAAAGGUGUCAAACAACCCUGUUGUUUUUUGUUUUUUUUUGGUUUUGUAUCUUCUUUAUUAUUACACCAAAUAAAAGCUGGGAAUUCCAAGGUCCCAUUUCAGUUACUGUCUAACCUUAUAGAAAAUUUGAUUUUUAUCCUUGAAUUCUCCCUUCUGCCCCUCAUGGAUCCUUGGUCUUAAUUAUCAUGGAAACAUCUAAUUCUCCCAAUUAUUCCAUGGCUUUUGCUGUGAUUGUUCGGAGAUUUCAGCUGAGACUUGUUUUAAAAGACCUGGAGAGCUGACUGGUUCAUAAUACAUUGGAAUAGUUGGAUCCAAACUAAUAAGAAUAAGCUGUACAGAAAUCAGUGCUCAAUAUAUGUUGUAUAAAUUUGUUGAAA